AUGGUGAUUUUCCUACCCAUAGCAGUUUUGAAAGAUUGGAUCUGCAGCUUUCUUGGCACAAAUUCACUUAAGAACCUUUGUGAUGGCAGCCCUCUCUUAAGCUCUCCAAUUGAUCUAAAUGUUCCUCUUAGACUAAAUGAUAUGUACCAGGUUCCAGAAGGAGAGAUGCAAAGCUGCCUAAUUGCAGACAUAGAUCUAAAUAAAACAGAAGAGGGGUGGCCAUUUAUAUCUGAGAACCCGGAAGAUGAGUUCCACAUGCUUGCAGAGAACCAUAAACUCAGUUCAUGGGAAGUUACCAAAUGUGGUUUGUAUCUUGCUCCCAUAUGGUUUGCAACAGAGCCUCUUUCAACUGAUAACACAUUGUAG